AUGAAACCAUACAAAAAAACUCAUGAAUAUAAAUUUUUAUCUAUUUUCAUUUUUUUAUUUUUGUUUUGUGGACGUGUUAAAUAUUUUGACAAGGCCAAAUCAUUCGCAUUACCUUCCGUGAUCAGAUCGAUCAAGAAGUUUCUAUUUUUAAUCUAUCUACCUCAAUCAUUUCAUUAUCUAUCUAUCUAUCUUAGUCUUUUCAUUAUCUAUCUAUCUAAUUUCAUUAUCUAUCUAUCUAUCUAUCUAUCUAAUUUCAUCAUCUAUCCAUCUAUCUAUCUAUUUUAUGACAUUUAUAUGACAUUUUCUGUUUAUACAUUCUUUUUAUAUCUAUCUAUCUAUCUAUCUAUCUAUCUCAGUCUAUUCAUUAUCUACCUAUCUUGGACACGUAGCCGAGUGGAAGAGACCGAAGACGAAUCGAGGAAAACCAGAAGUGAUGGAAUUGGUCUGAUCAACACAGCCGACACCAAGGCCCUGAUCAAAAUUGAAGAUUAUCAGUAA